UCCUGGCCUUGUUCCCCACAGAAUGGGUCUCCUCCUGCCUGCGGUGCUCUGUGCGCUGGCUGCAUGCUGCACGGCUACAUCUCCACCCCUGCAGCGCGACCACCUCUCGCCUCUCCUCUCCCGCGGCUGCAACGAAUCAAGUGUUCUGGAAUUAGCAGGCCUAGCCCUGCAGGACAUCAACAGGGGCAGAAAGGAUGGUUACGUGCUGAGUCUCAACCGAGUGAGCGAUGUCCGAGAACAAAGACAGGUUAACCUCGGAUCUCUGUUCUAUUUCACACUGGACGUGUUAGAGACUGGCUGCCAUGUACUCAGCAAAAAGGCAUGGAAGGGCUGUGGGGUGAGGCACCUUCAUGCAUCGGUUUAUGGCCAAUGCAAAGCAUUAUUUUACGUUAACGUGCCACAAAGAAUUCUCUAUGUACCUGCCUACAACUGUACUCUUCGCCCAGUUUCUCAAAGAAUGAUUCACAUGAUGUGCCCUGACUGCCCCAGCCCCAUUAACUUGUCAGAUCCCGAGGUUCUGGGAACUGCUGCUGAGUCUCUUGCAAAAUACAACAGUGAGAGCGCCUCAAAGCAGUACUCUGUCUUCCAAGUCACGCGGGCUUCUACCCAGUGGGUGGUUGGCCCUGCCUUCUUUGUGGAAUACUUAAUCAAAGAAUCACCAUGUACCCAACACCAUGCCGGCAGCUGUGCGCUUCAGCCCCCUGACUCUCUGCCUGUUGGUCUUUGCCAUGGUUCUCGGACUGAAACACGAUUAGAAAAGUUUGUCACCGUGAAUUGUGAAUUCUUUGAACCGCAGGUUCCCGUCUCUGGAGGGGAAAACCCUGAAGCUAACCAGGGACCUGCGGACCUCCCCAUGGUGAAAGAGCCCCAGCAGAAAAACAUAGCCCCUACCAGCUCACCCUCCAAAGCCAUGCCUGAAGGAUCUGUCCAGUACCUCCCCAGCUUGGAUGAUGAGAAGAAGCCUGAGGAUGCUCAGGGAAACAGCCCUGUUGAGGCCUUCCCUGUGCAGUUGGACCUCACCACAAAUCCCGAGGGAGAAAGUCUGGAUGUUUCCUUCCUCUUCUUGCAUCCUGUGGGGAAGAAGCUGGUUGUCCUGCCAUUCCCCAAGAAAGACCAACGCUCUGCUGAGUGCCCAGGACCAGCCCAGCAGGCCAACCCUUUUGUUCUUCCACUUUGAGAAUCACGUAGAGGAUUCUAUGAAGACACGACACCCUGUAGAAGUCAAAUGUAGAGAGUGACUAAUAAAGUUUAUCGUUUUGACUCUU